CCAUUGACGGGCCCGCAACUCCGCGCACCCAUUCGCUGCUGAUCUGCUCAAUCAAGCCAAUGGUUGAAUAUUGAAUGUUGAUGACAGGCCGGACCGUAUAAAGAUUAUGCAUCGCUGCGCGGCGCAUGUAGUGGCUCGAUCCUUCUGGCGAACGACACCGGCAUGGCGAAAAUCGUCUAUAUUUCAGUCUCUUGCGCGGGGCUUCCGUUGGUGGGAAACUUGUUCCAGCUGUCAGAUGAUAUUUGGUUUCGGUUUGCCGAGUGGAAGGAGGCGUACGGGCCCAUCGUCUACCUCAAUGUUGCAGGGCAGAGCGUCGUCGUCCUCAAUGACCACAAAACGGCGGCGGAUCUACUUGACCGGCGCGCGUCGAUCUACUCCGACCGUCCGAGGAACAUCGUCGCCUCGCAAAUCUUGAGUGGAGGUCUUAUGAUUGUGUUCACGCCAUUCAAUGAUGUGUGGAAGAGAAUGCGGCGAGCGGCUCACGAAGGACUGGGAAAACGCACAGUACCCACGUUUCGUGUUCUUCAACGCAAGGAGGCCUUGCACCUUGCAUUCGAUCUCCUCACUGAUCCGGCGCGGUGGGAUCAACACACUCAAAGAGCGACGGCCUCGCUAGUCCUGUCGGUACUCUACGGAAAGCCCCCGAUUCGGAACAGCGGUGAUCCGACAAUCCGUCGAAUCAACGAGUUCACCGAACGGCUAGUCCGCGCAGCUUACCCUGGGGCUCAUCUCGUUGAGAUCUUCACGUGGAUGAAGUAUCUACCGUCUUGGAUGGCGAAGUGGAAGCGUGAUGCUCAGGCAUGGUACAAGGUGGACUCCGCCAUGUUUAUCGAUCUGUUUAAUAGCGCCUCCAAAGUGAAAGUUGAUGGUGAAGAACACGAUACCUUCUCUACAUCUGUCGCGGAGGAUCGGGCACGACAUAACCUGAGUAAUGAAGAGUCGUCCUGGUUGUCCGGAACUUUAUAUGCUGCAGGAGCGGAGACGACCGCUGCCGUCAUGCUCUAUUUCAUGCAAGCUAUGGUCCUUUAUCCGGAAGUCCAAGCUCGUGCCCAGGAAGAGCUCGAUCGAGUUCUCGCUCCUGGCGCUGCUCCCACGUUUGAUGACUACGAGCAAUUACCAUACAUCCGCGCCAUUGUCAAGGAGUCCUUGCGAUGGAAACCAAUCGAUCCCAUUGGCAAAUUGAUGCAAGAUGAUUGGUAUGAAGGUUACUAUAUCCCUAAGGGAAGCAUAGUCGUUGGCAAUGUCUGGUCCUUGAAUCGAGACCCUGAGGUGUACGGCGCAGACGCUGCAGACUUCAACCCUGGUAGACAUCUUAACAGAGAGGGCGGUUUUGUGAGCAUCCCCGACACCAAAGAAGAAAGCCAUGUCACGUACGGCUUCGGGAGGAGGAUUUGUGUCGGUCGACAUGUAGCGAAUGAUUCGCUCUUCAUCGAGAUUGCAACGAUUUUAUGGGCCUGCAAGAUUGAGCCUAUCAAGGACGCCAACGGUAAACCGGUCCCGAUAGACGCGGACGGAUUUAUCAAUACGGGCCUUGUUGUACGACCGAAACCUUUCCAGGUCUCAGUCAAACCUCGGUUCGAGUCCGCCGCAGCUGUUCUUGCGGAAACUAUCGAUCGCUCUUGA